AUGCAGUUCAGACUUCCCAUUAAACAGGGUGAAUUCAAAUCAGGAGAUGUGAAUGCCUUGAUUGAUGUUGAAUUGAGUUCUCCCAUUGAUGUUGAAUCAAUUCUAGUUGGCACUAUUCGGGGUGCAACUGAAGAGAAUUCACCGAUUGGGGUUCAUGCUAGUUCUUCUAAUGCUAUGGAUGAGAGUUCUUCUAUUCCAAUUAAUCAGGACUUGUUGGGGAUUACAGUUGCUUCAAUUGAAGAAGCAUAUAAUUUAUAUAAUGACUAUGCUUCAAGAUUGGGAUUUAGUGUUAGAAAGGGCAAGCAGUAUUACGUUCCCGGUACUCAGAUUAUUAAAAUAAAAAAAUUCCACUGUGCAAAGGCUGAUUUCAAGUCUAAUACAAAUAAGUCUUCAAGGUCAUAUUCAAGCGUAGACACACGAACAGGGUGUACUGCAGGUUGUCAGUUUGAUAUGGCGUCUAAUGGGCAGUUGAUUGUGACAAAACAGGUAAAGGAUCAUAACCAUGAGUUGUGCCCACCUUCGAAAAGUUAUCUUCUUCGGUCACACCGAAGUGUUGGUGCUAAUCAAUUGUCUUAUGUAAAAGACUUGAAAAGGAGUGGGUUUGCACUGUCGGAUGACAUCCGGUUUUUGAAGCAUCAGUCUAGAGGUUCACCUUUCGUUGGAUUUACACCAAGGGAUGCAUAUAAUAGCCUACUUACAGAUUCGAUAAAGAGCCUAGAUGGCACCGAUUCGAAUUCAUUAAUUGAUAUCUUUAGGCAGAGGCAAUUAAAUGACCUAACUUUUUCUUUGAUUUUGAAGUGGAUGGCGAUGCAAGAUUGUACAUUCUUGCGAGCUAUGGAUGGUAAGUGUCCACAAACAAUCAUGACCGAUCAGUGUUCUGCUAUGUCUGCUGCAAUUUCACAAGUUUUCCCAAGUGCAAGACACAGACUUUGUAUUUGGCAUAUUGGAGAGAAUUCAAAAAAGCAUAUCAAAGGUUUAAGGAGUCAAAAAGGCUUUAUGCAGUUAUUUAAUCUUCUAUUGAAGUACACGGACACUGAAGUUGAGUUUGAAUUUUAUUGGAAUAGGAUGAUGACAGAGUAUAAGUGCCAUACAAAUGCUUGGUUAGACAAAUUGUAUGAUAUUAGGGAGAAGUGGUGUCCUGCUUUUAGUAAAGAUUACUUUUCUGGAGUGGAUGAGUGUAAAGAGAAUGGAGAAGAUGUGCGGUGUUCUCAAGGGUUGCCUACAAUGGCAUUGGAUCAUGUGAAGCUUCUUUUACAUGCUAGGAAUGUAUACACCAUAGAGGUAUAUUACUUGUUUGAAAAACAAUAUUUGAAAGGUGUUGCAUGUCAUCAAGAGAUUGUGGCGAGCAAUGCUAAUGAGUUUAAAUAUCACAUUUGGCGCCCAGAUAUUGACAUUAUUCGGCAUGAAGUUUGUUUCAAUAUGAAGGAUAUGACAAUAUGUUGUACUUGUAAGUUUUUCUCAGAGAUGGGCAUUCUUUGUUCACAUUGCUUGCGUAUUUUUAACAUUCAUUGUAUUGAAAAAAUUCCCGAGAAAUAUAUUUGUAAUAGGUGGACAAAAAAGGUGGUUGAAGACAGGAUAAUGGAUAUUGCAUCAUCUUCUAGUACGCUUACCAUUGCUUCUCCAAUUUGGGUUAUAGAAAUGGGUAGAAAAUUGCAAAGGUUAGUUCUAUCAAGUCAAGACAAUUGCAAAGCUCGACAAGUCUGUGAAGAAAUUUUUGAAGAUGGUAGAAUAAGGAUUGAAGGUGAGCAAGUUGUUUCUGAUAUUGCUGGUAGUGGUUAUCUUGUUCAUCCUAGUGGCAAUACUAGUUCAGAGUUGAUUUGUGGUUAG